AACCCAAGCUCUGACGGUUGGAAAUGUCUUCCCUACCAGACGAACUAUGGAGGCGAAUUUUCGAAAUCGGUAUCGGAAUCAGCGGUUUCAGCUACAAGGAUCUCUGCUGCAUCUCCAUCUCAUGCCGCCGCUUUAACCGCCUCUCAUGCGAAGACCCUCUUUGGAGCCACCUUCUCUCCACCGACUUUCCCCUAACUCACACUUCUUCUCCCAUCGCUUCUUCUUCUUCUUCUUCUUCUAAAACCCUAUAUAAACUGAGGUUCGAGAGAGACAAGAAGAGAAGAGUGGCGGCUCAUUGGAGGGCUCUACUGAGAAAGGAGAGCCAGAUAUACGAACAUUCUAGAAGGAUCCGAGAAAUUGAUACGCGGAUCGCUCAAGAGACCACCAAAAUGGAAGAAACUGCUGCAGAGUUGUACAAUUUGCGUAGAGUCAGACAAGCCUCUGUAGCUUUGAAUGUGUGGCAACUGGAGGUUGUCCGGGGUAGGCAAAGUCAGAUGUUGCAGCAAUGUGUUGUGCCUGCUGAAUCUCGGAUACAGGCACUUGAGAUGGACCUUACUCUUUGUUCGCAACAGAUUAAGUGGUUGAAGAAUUCUUAUGAAUAUGAACGGUGCAGGCUUAAGACUGCAAAGGAAAAGUUAGUAUCUAUGAAGUAUAAUCCUGUACAGGAGCAUAAGCCUGCGAGUGGAGGGAAGGAGCACAUUUUCCAUGCUGAGGGAGUUGGUACUCCCUUUCCCAAAAGGAAAAAAGAGAGGAUAUGAAAGAAAAUAAUCACAGAAUUAGGGAAAAUGUAAAUGUAUUACUUUUUUCCAUAUUUAGUAAAAGAUGUAGCUUCUCGGAGGGGAGAAUGAACUCAACAUCAAGUGGAAGAACUGGUUUAUGACGUUCUUUUGAUCCAGGUGACUGACCCUAUCUAGUGGGGAAAAAGGCUUUAGUUGUUUUUUUCUCUUUUCUUUAUUGAUGAUAGUAUGUUACUGGUUGGCAACAAAAUUUGAUUUCUUCUUUUGUGUGCAUUUUAUAUUGGAACAUGGAAGCACUGGAAUUAUUUGUCUUUUAUAUCUGCAAUUAUAAUUAGAUGAUGAGUAAAAUUAACUGGGAAGUUGUUCCUGCCGUGAUAACUGGCUGCGCAAAUCCUCUGAUCAUCGCAUUUGGUGGAUAAUGUGUAACAGCAAUGCGGAUUGAAAACCUGAGG